AUGAAGCCGUCUACCCUCCUUAACAUACAACGUGAGGCUGCUAGCCUUCUUACCAAUCUGACUUCCACGUCAGUCACAUCUCGGCCGACCACCAUCAGACGCGAUCAGCUCACCAAACCAAAAUUAACUACUUAUAUGCCUCGCAAUCGAAUCGUCCCGGAGGCGCAAAGCAAUAUGCCUCUCGCUAGGCAGAAUUUGUCCCAAUACUCUGCAGGAAGACUAUUAUCAGGGGGGACGGCAAAAGCUCCUGUUUUACACAUGCCACAUCUACCCAGACUUCAUGCCGACCAGGAGGCAAGAAAUGAGGUCGUAGCUCCAGUGACAAUGAUGGAGACGACCAGAAAAUCCGGCUCGAUUAUGCGGAUAAAUGAUUUACUUGUUGAGCCUGAGGUAAAUAUUAAACUUUGCUCGUAUCGAUGUCUGCAUGCAUGUCUCGAUGAGUGA